AUGGCUGCGGGGUCCUGGCUCUGAAAUCCAGCGCCAUCCUCUCCGGGUGCGGGGCUGGCCGGCUUGGUGGGAUUUGUUCCGCGCCGACCCGAGGCUCGACGAUCCGGAGCGAUGGCUCCUGCAAAGAAGGGUGGCGAGAAGAAGAAGGGCCGUUCUGCCAUCAACGAGGUGGUGACCCGAGAAUACACCAUCAACAUUCACAAGCGCAUCCAUGGAGUGGGCUUCAAGAAGCGUGCCCCUAGGGCACUCAAAGAAAUCCGGAAAUUUGCCAUGAAGGAGAUGGGGACUCCAGAUGUGCGCAUUGAUACCAGGCUCAAUAAAGCCGUCUGGGCCAAAGGAAUAAGGAAUGUUCCAUACCGUAUCCGUGUACGUUUGUCCAGAAAACGUAACGAGGAUGAGGACUCCCCAAACAAGCUCUACACAUUGGUAACUUACGUACCUGUUACCACAUUCAAAAAUCUACAGACAGUCAAUGUGGAUGAGAACUAAGCUGUUGAGUGUCAAUAAAGUUGAAGAACUACCUUCA